GGGAAGCAUGGACGUCGGUUGGGAACUGGGGGCGGCGGCGAGCUACUCUCUGCUGCUAUGCGCCGGUCUGCUGGUGGUGGGCUGCGCGCUGGGCCUGCGCCUGGGUCGCGGGCGGGGGCCGGCGGACCGCGGGGUGCUCGCUUGGCUCUGCUACGACGCCUUGGUGCACUUCGUGUUGGAGGGUCCGUUUGUCUACUUGUCUUUGGUGGGGAGUGUUGCAGACUCUGAUGGCUUGAUUGCAUCUUUAUGGAAAGAAUAUGGCAAAGCUGAUCAAAGAUGGCUCUCUCUGGACCCAACCAUCGUGUCUUUGGAAAUUCUGACUGUUGUCCUGGAUGGGGCUCUGGUGUUGUUCCUCAUCUAUGCGAUCGUCAAAGAGAAAUACUAUCGGCAUUUCCUGCAGAUCACUCUGUGCGUGUGUGAGCUGUACGGCGGCUGGAUGACCUUCUGCCCAGAGUGGCUACUCGGAAGCCCCAACCUUGACACUGGCCACUGGCUGCACUUCUGGGUCUAUCUGGUGUUCUUCAAUGGCGUGUGGGUUCUGGUCCCAGGACUGUUGCUAUGGCAAUCCUGGGCGGAACUCAAGAGAAUGCAUCAUCCAGGAACUGCUCUAGGGAAAAAAAAGGUUUGGUGAAUUUUCAAACUCGUGAACACUAUCCUGUUGCUUAGUGAGCCAGAAUGGAUCAAACCUUGGUGUUCAACAAAACCAUCACACAUUCCAGUCUUCCUUUUCUUUAUGGCAGUUUUGAUUGUUCCCCAUUAAUGAAACCAGUUUAUCCUAGAACACAGUUAUAUUAAUUACUAUUUUUUUUAAAUUCCAGAUAACAUGUUGCUGUUUUUUCUCUUAAACCGGUUUGCUCAGGAGUUCUUUUUUGAUUAUUUGUAUAAAACUGAAGGUGAAAAGAAUGCUUCAAUUUUCCAGUUGUACCUUUUUUUAUUUCUUAGCCCAACCAAAAGCUGUAUGUGGAGGAACCGGGAGUGUAUAACUCCUUAUGGGGCCAACCCAGACCAAUGAUCAGGGUUUUUUUGCUUUGUUUUUUCCUUUUUUUUUUUCCUAUCCCUUUUCAGGGAAGAAGUCCUGAGACAUCCUACAGAAACACAGAGUACAUGAUGAUACAAAGU